CGAGCAAAAGACCCGAGAAUUUCAUUGGAAUGCAUUACUUCUCACCCGUCGAUAAGAUGCAGUUAUUGGAAGUGAUUACCACCGAUAAGACAUCGAAAGAGGCCUCAGCGGCGGCAGUGGCCGUUGGCCUCAAACAGGGAAAGGUUGUGAUUGUGGUUAAGGACGGACCGGGUUUUUACACGACAAGAAUUUUGGCGCCCGUUAUGUCCGAAGCCAUGAGAUUAAUGCAGGAGGGGAUCACUCCUAAAGAACUCGAUUCACUGACGCGAUCGUUUGGCUUCCCUGUGGGUGCGGCCACUCUUAUAGAUGAGGUGGGAAUAGACGUGGCCGCACAUGUGGCCGAGGAUCUGGGCAAAGUGUUUGGUGAAAGGUUUGCCGGCGCCAACAUGGAGGUGCUCAAAGAAAUGGUUGUCUCUGGGUUUACAGGAAGGAAAGGAGGAAAAGGUUUCUAUAUUUACGAAUCUGGAGUUAAGGACAGAAAGCUUAACGAUAAAGCACUAGAAAUACUCAAAAAAUAUCACAUUUCACCCAAACAUAAGUGUACCCCCGAAGAACAUCAGAUGAGACUCGCUGUCAGGUUUGCCAACGAAGCUGUCCUUUGUUUACAAGAAGGCAUUCUCGAGAAUCCGCUCGAAGGAGACAUCGGUGCCGUUUUCGGUUUAGGAUUCCCGCCGUUUUUGGGCGGACCCUUCCGUUACUUGGAUUCGUUUGGCGCCAAUAAAGCGGUCGAUUGGAUGAAGAGAUUCACCGAUGAUUACGGCCCGCAGUUCAAGCCCUGCCAGCUAUUGAUCGACCACUCAAACGACACGUCCAAGAAGUUCCACAAAACUCAAUAAUUCUUUGAUUUGGGAUCAUUCGCAUGAAAUAGUGUUCAAAGC